CCCUGACUCUCUUCACGGCCGCUCCUCACUCUCUCUCUCUAAGAGAUGGUUAUCCCUCCACCCGUUAGACCUCCAAGAAUUAUAAAAUUCCUGAAGCCCUAUGUCCUGAAGAUGCACUUCACAAACAAGUAUGUCAGUGCCCAAGUAAUCCAUUCGCCAACUGCGACUGUAGCUUCCUCGGCUAGCUCACAGGAGAAGGCCCUCAGGUCAAGCAUGGAAUCUACUCGGGACGUGGCGGCUGCUGCCAAGAUUGGGAAGAUACUUGGGGAACGCUUGCUGCUCAAAGAGAUACCUGCUGUUUCUGUUUCCUUAAAGCGAGAACAGAAGUAUCAUGGUAAGGUGAAGGCUGUCAUUGAUUCUCUCAGGGAAGCAGGUGUCAAAUUGCUUUGAAUUAGAAAAAUUGGAAAAAAAGCAUUUACUUCGCUUAACCCGUGCUUCUUGGUGAUUCAUCUUUUGUUCCUGAAUUGAUAAGUGGGCUAGAUCCAAGGAUGAAUGCAUUGUUGGUUAGUGUUACAUGCACCAAAAUGAAUAACCAUAAAAUGUAGUUACAUUGUUGUGUUUUUAUGUUUUUGUCUUUGCAUUAUUGAUAUUUCCAUUGGUGAACUGAACUCAGAGGUAUUGAAUCAUCCACUUUUCUUGAUCUAAAGCAGAGUUGUGAUUUUGCAUUUGUUGACCUUUUGGAUGACCUUCCUAGGCUCGGAUGCAUGAUCAAGUUUAUUACUAGGUCUUCUAGUGUUAUAUGCAGGUCAAUUUUCAAAAGCAAUUUGUUUUGUUUUAUGCUAAGACAGAAGUAACCUUGGAGGUCCAGUUCUUCUGAAUGUCCGAAGCUUUAGUCCAGUUGUUUCCUCAGCCACAACAAGGUUAAGACUUAGUCAAGUCUUAACCUUUUA